AUGUUAAUCGCUUAUUUAAUUAAAUCAUAUAAUGAUGAGCAAAAUGAAGAAUCUUCACACUUGUCAUAUGACACAGCAUUUAAAGAAUCACGAUGGAUUUUCGGUUUAUUAAUUAACCUUACCAUGACACUCGAGGCGUCCAGUCUUUUCCCUAACGAACCUCCUCAGAGAGCUGAACCUUGUUACGUUUAA